AUGUCCCUCCUCGCGCAGCUCCCCCUCCCGCUCGACCGCGCGCGCCUCGACGCGAUUGUGGACUCAGUGUCGCCAACAGCGGCAUCUGUUGUCGCUGGACUGGCUGGUGUGUACCUGUUUGUUCGGUGGAAGACCUCCGGGCUCGACCAUGUCCCGGCGAUGGGCCCAACGGGACUGUUCACGUCAUACCUCGGCGCGCAGGAGUACCUCAAAAACGCGCCGAAGGUAGUCCAGCGGGGCUACAACAAGUACAAGGACGGGGUGUUCAGGGUGCCUUACUACGAUAAGUGGGUCGUUGUCGUUGGCUCGCAGCGCCUUGUACAUGACCUCCGCACCUCCCGCGAUGAGGACCUUUCCGCCAUUCUCGGCUUCGGCGCGAUAUUCGCCGCAAAAUGGACCCUUGGCGAGUCGUUCGUGACGAACGACUAUCACACCAAGGUUAUCCAGUCUGCCAUGACGCGUAGCAUCUCCGACCGUUUUGCCGACGUAAAGGACGAGGUCGCCCAUGCCUUCCGCGACGAGGUCCAGUUUGCGGACGGCCAGGAGUGGGUAACAUUGCCCGGACUGGCGACGACGCUCCGUGUCAUUUCCCGUGCUAGCAACCGGUUGUUCGUUGGGGCGCCUCUAUGCCGGGACCCGGACUACCGGGACCUAAUGGUAAACUUUGCCAUUGGUGCGAUGAACAGCGCAAAGAAGAUCAACCUUUUCCCCCAUUGGCUUAAACCGUACGCCCCUGCUCUACCCUUAUCCGAAUCGUGGGCCCGUUCAUCACAACGCUCCCGCGCGAUCUCGAGCAUGCAAAGGCGGCAUCUCGGCCCGCUCAUCGAGGAGCGCCUCAGGCAAGACGAGAAGUACGGCCCGACCUGGCCCGACCGUCCAAACGAUUUGAUAUCGUGGCUGCUUGAGCACGCCCCGCCGGAGGAGCGCAACGCGCAUGAGAUAACCCGGCGCAUGCUCAUGGUCAACUUUGUUGCGAUCCACACCUCGGCCAACAGCUUCACACAAGCCUUAUUCCAUCUCGCGCAUGAGCCGCACUAUGCUGGCCCGCUGCGGGAGGAAUUGGCGGCGGCGGUCGCGGAGGACGGGUGGACGAAGACGGCUAUGAGCCGGUGUGUGAAGCUCGACAGCUUCUUGCGCGAGUCGCAACGCUUCAACGGCGCCAGCGCUAUCAACAUUAACCGGAUCGUCGUGAAUCCGAACGGCUUCACCUUCUCGGACGGCACGCACCUCCCGCAGGGCACGUUCCUGGCCGCGGCGACACACGCGACCCACCACGACGGCGACAACUAUACGGACCCGGACGUGUUCGAUGGGUUCCGGUUUGCUGACAUGCGCGGCGCCGGCGAAGACAGGGGCAGCAUCAAGCUGCAGAUGGUCGCGCCGGAUGUGAAGUACCUCAGCUUUGGGCUGGGGCGACACGCGUGUCCCGGGCGCUUCUUCGCGGUGAACGAGCUGAAGCUGAUGCUCGCGUAUGUGCUCGAGCACUACGACGUCAAGCUCGAGGGCCCGGAGCGCCCGCCGACGGAGUGGUUCGGGACGCUCGCCGCAGCGAAUCGGUUCGGAAAGGUGAUGUUCCGCAAGCGGACGGAUGUCUAG